AUGCCGUCGAUCGCCGGCGGCGGCUGGCGCCUCUUCUGCGCGUCCCGGGGAAUCACCUGGCUGCGCCGCCGCAACCUCCAGCGCCCGCUCUUCUCCUCCCUCGCCGGCGGCGGCGGAGGCGACGCGCCGCAUCUGCCCGUGGUCAUCGUCGGGGCCGGCCCCGUCGGGCUCGUGCUCUCCUUCCUCCUCACCAAGUUCGGCAUCAAAUGCACGGUUCUGGAGAAAAGCAUGGAGUUCACUCGGCACCCCCGGGCGCAUUUCAUCAACAACCGCACAAUGGAGAUCUUCCGCAAAUUCGACGGUCUGGCCGGGGACAUCGAGAGGGCUCAGCCGCCGGUGGAUCUGUGGAGGAAGUUCGUGUACUGCACUUCACUUUCCGGAUCCAUUCUCGGCUCUGUCGAUCACAUGAAGCAGGAAGAUUUCGACAAGGUCAUCAGUCCUAUAUCGGUUGCGCACUUCUCGCAGUACAAGCUAGUGGAUCUGCUACUCAAGAAAAUGGAUGGCGUUGGCUUUCAGACAUGCUAUCCUGAUGAGCUCGGUGCUCAAGAUUUACUGCUCGAAAACAAGAUACUGAUGGGGCAUGAGUGUAGUUCCAUUCAGAUGACGGAUGAGGGAAUUUUAGUUGGAGCAUCAUAUAACAACAAGGGGAGGAUGCAGGAGAGGAAGCUUCACUGUGGCCUUCUUCUGGGGGCAGAUGGUGCUAGAAGCAAAGUCCGCGAAUUGGCUGGUAUAUCUAUGAAAGGUGAAAGGGACUUGCAGAAAUUGGUCAGUGUUCAUUUUGUGAGCAGAGCUCUUGGAAAGUAUUUAUCCAGUGAGAGGCCUGGGAUGCUGUUCUUUAUUUUCAACCCUGAUGCAAUUGGUGUGCUGGUUGCACAUGACCUGGAGCAUGGGGAAUUUGUAUUGCAGGUUCCAUUCUAUCCGCCUCAGCAGAUGUUUGAGGAUUUCAGCAAGAAGGUGUGCGAGCAAAUUAUUGUUAAAUUGGUUGGAUGGGAGCCAGCAGAUAUUCAGGUAUUAGACAUAAAACCAUGGGCGAUGCAUGCUGAGGUUGCAGAGAAGUAUGUUGGCUGUGACAACCGUGUCAUCCUUGUUGGUGAUGCUGCUCACCGUUUUCCUCCUGCUGGUGGUUUUGGAAUGAACACUGGUGUUCAGGAUGCACAUAAUUUGGCUUGGAAAUUGUGUUUACUACAAAAUGGCAUCGCUGCCCCAUCAAUAAUACAAACUUAUGAGUCAGAGCGCAAACCUGUUGCCAUUUUUAAUACAGAACUUAGUUUGGAAAACUUCAAAGCAGCAAUGUCUAUUCCUGCUACCCUUGGCCUUGAUCCAACUAUUGCAAACUCAGUGCACAGAGUAAUUAACAGCAUCCUAGCGCCAGUCAUUCCUAGAAAUUUACAGAAGGUGGUUCUAGAAGGGCUGUUCUCCAUUGGCCGGACACAAGUCUCAGACUACAUUUUGAGUGAGAAAAAUCCCCUCGGAUCCUCAAGACUAGCAAAACUGAGAAGUAUUCUUGAUGAAGGAAAAAGUCUGCAGCUGCAGUUUCCUGCAGAGGAUCUUGGCUUCCGCUAUGAAAAAGGAGCCUUAGUUGCUGAAGAUACUCAUCAAGCAGAAAAACCGAGGCAUUCUAAGAGGUCAUCAGGGCAGUACAUCCCAUCUGCUAAGGUUGGUUUGCGGCUACCGCACAUGCCAGUGAGAGCACUGUCCGCUUUGAAUGAGAGUGUGUUCUCAACAAUGGAUCUAGUAAGUGGGGAUAAAGUUGAGUUUGUCAUCAUUAUCGCACCACUGGAAGAGUCAUAUAAGCUUGCACGGGCUAUGCUGAGGAUAGCAGAUGAAAUCGAGGUGUCAGCCAAAGUAUGUGUUAUGUGGCCACAAGGUUCAGUCGGUGGGGAAGUGAAAGGGAGCAUAUCUGAGUUGGCACCCUGGACAAACUAUGUCGAUGUCGAGGAAAUGCCUAGGGCACCUGUUAACUCAUGGUGGGAGAUGUGUCAGGUCAGUAACAAAAGUGUUAUUUUGGUCAGGCCUGAUGAGCACAUAGCAUGGAGAACAGAACCUGACAUGGUGAGUGAUGCUCAUUCAGAAGUUAGGACAGUCUUUUCUCAAAUUUUGAGUUUAAAUGGGCCCCAAGUGUAAGAAUGCCAGAUAUCCAUUCGUAACUGACUGGGUUCCAAUGUUGGUAAGUACUCCGUAUAUAGCUUAGAACCUCAGCUACAAGAUGUGACAUUAACCAUUGCAUGCUGCAUUGUACAUGAUCGUCAGUUUGUUUGUUGAUAUCUUCUCACAUAUGUUGAUAA